AAACCUUGCUCCGCCCCGGGACAGUCACCUUCCGCCCCUUCUCUAUGUCGCACUGCCUGACUAAAAAGGCUGGUCCAGCGGUGGCGGAGGCUGGCACUGUCCUGAGAGGGAGGGCUCGAUGUGGAAGAGAUGAAUCGGACAAAGGGUGAUGAGGAGGAGUAUUGGAACAGCUCCAAGUUCAAGGCUUUCACCUUUGAUGAUGACGAUGAUGAGCUUUCACAGUUAAAGGAGUCCAAGCGAGCAGUGAAUAGCCUUCGAGAUUUCGUGGAUGAUGAUGAUGAUGAUGAUGAUGACUUGGAGCGAGUCAGCUGGAGUGGGGAACCUGUGGGAAGUAUCUCAUGGUCCAUCAAAGAGACUGCUGGUAAUAGUGGGUCAACCCAAGAGGGACGUGAGCAGCUAAAGAGCCGAAACAGCUUCUCCUACACACAGCUACCCAAACCUACUUCUACCUACUCUUUGAGCAGCUUUUUUAGAGGUAGAACUAGACCUGGAAGUUUCCAGUCGCUUUCUGAUGCUCUGUCAGAUACGCCUGCCAAGAGCUAUGCUCCAGAGCUGGGGAGACCCAAGGGGGAGUAUAGGGAUUAUAGCAAUGACUGGAGCCCCAGUGAUACAGUGCGACGCCUCCGGAGGGGCAAGGUCUGCUCACUAGAAAGAUUCCGCUCCUUACAGGACAAGCUACAACUCCUGGAAGAGGCAGUAAGCAUGCAUGAUGGAAACGUCAUUACUGCAGUUCUGAUUUUCUUGAAAAGGACGCUGUGCAAAGAGAUCCUCUUCCGGGAGCUGGAGGUGCGACAGGUUGCCCUGAGACAUUUCAUUCACUUCCUUAAGGAAAUAGGGGAUCAAAAGCUGCUUUUAGACCUCUUUAGGUUCCUAGAUAGAACAGAAGAACUUGCGCUUUCCCAUUAUCGAGAACAUUUGAACAUUCAGGACCCUGAGAAACGAAAGGAAUUUCUCAAGACCUGCAUUGGUUUACCAUUUUCAGCAGAAGAUUCUGCACACAUCCAAGACCAUUAUACACUCCUGGAACGUCAGAUCAUUAUUGAGGCAAAUGAUCGACAUCUAGAAUCAGCAGGACAGACUGAGAUCUUCCGAAAGCACCCGCGCAAAGCUUCCAUCCUCAACAUGCCACUGGUGACGAUGCUUUUCUAUUCCUGCUUCUAUCACUACACGGAGGCUGAGGGAACAUUCAGCAGUCCCAUCAACUUGAAGAAGACAUUUAAGAUUCCAGACAAACAGUAUGUACUGACAGCCCUGGCUGCUCGUGCCAAGCUUCGAGCCUGGAAUGAUGUAGAUGCCCUCUUCACCACAAAGAACUGGCUAGGCUAUACCAAGAAGAGAGCACCGAUUGGCUUCCAUCGGGUUGUGGAAAUUUUGCACAAGAACAGUGCCCCCGUCCAGAUACUACAGGAAUAUGUUAAUCUAGUAGAAGAUGUGGACACAAAGUUGAACUUAGCCACAAAGUUCAAAUGCCAUGAUGUCGUCAUUGAUACCUGCCGGGACCUGAAGGAUCGUCAGCAGUUGCUAGCAUACAGGAGUAAGGUAGAUAAAGGAUCCGCAGAGGAAGAGAAGAUUGACGCCCUUCUCAGCAGCGCGCAAAUUCGAUGGAAGAAUUAAGUGGCAUUAGCUAUCCUGAAACCUGCCUCAUUUUUUCUUUUCCUGCCUGUGAAAGUAACGAGAGCAUCAGCAUCACAUCACUUGGGCUAAUUAUCAACAGGCACUGCCUGCCUGCAUCCUGUGACACAGCCAGCACUUGGGCAUGGAUAGAUCAGACUAAUCUUCCAUCCAAGAGAUUUAAAGGCCAAGAUCUAAAGCUUUGACUCAUGAGAAUGAUUCUUUCCACCUGGUGCUCUUGUGAAGGUGGGAGUGAUUUCUAGAUUGGGCCCAUACUGGGUGAACUCUUUCUUGGUCUGAGAAAAGUCACUGCUCCAGAAAGGAACUCUCUUAAACUGUGAGGUACAGGUAUAAUCUGAUGGCCAGUCCAUUCCACUCAUCUAAUUAUGAUCCAGGACUUGGUGCUGGACCUUGGCGGUUCUGCUGUGAAUGAAGUCAGAACAGAACCAAAAUGGCUGUCUUCCAGGGGCCUCAGAAAGUGGUUCAGUGUCGCCCAGGACCUGUUGGAGACAUGCCAGAUUGCACAGAAUCCUCUACACCCCCAUGACAGACAUUGCCCUGAUAUUGUGUUUCUUCAGCCAGUAUCCCUCUGCUGCCCCAGUUUAUUCUCUGUCCAAAAACUUAGGGUUCCUUUCUCACCUGCACUUUCCUCAACUUAUUCUUUGCCAGACUCACACCCUCAUACAGAGCUCAGAUGUAGCAAUGCCGGAGAGCUCUCCCUUUAUGCAAAAUCUCAUUAUUUCUAGAAGUUUCGCCUGGGCUAAACUCAGCAGCACUUCUAUUAGGAUAUUUAGAUAGUGGUUUUAUUUUCACACUUACUUUUUGAGUGGCUAUUCCAUAAUGCUAUACUCUUGCCCUGUGCCGUUAUUUACCUCUCUUCUCUGUGACUAAACUGGGUCUUCCUGACAUGCCUAGACUCCUAAUAAAGCUGUUGUUUCCUUGGAAAAAAAAAAAAAA